CAGGUGGAGCUCAGACAGCAGUCAGCCCUUCACCUCAGAGUUGGUUAGUUGGAGGAGGUGUGCUGGGUUUCAGUGCCAAACUCUGAUAGUGAUCAGAUACCUGUCGGUUAUUUUCUCCUGCUUGGCUGCAACAUGCGGAAACUUGACAACAUUCUGUUAUGGAGCUUGAUGGCUGCAGUAAUCCUCUUGGGCCAAGCAAGACCAAAUACGAAGCUCAAUUCACAAUCAAGUGGUGGUUUGAGGUCAGACUGUGCAGGUAAUCUCAUGAGGCUGUCCCUGGACGAGGCUCUAGCGGUGGGGAACCAGCUGGAGGUGGAGGCCAUCAAUGGCACCCAGCACAUUGUGUUGACCCCCAGCCUGGCUGCUCAGUGUGGGUACAGCAUGGAGUCUGACCCCUGGGGCAACACCAGGAUCUACACCUCUCUCAUGGGCUGCUAUGUGGACAACAAAGACGAUACAACAUUUACCGUUGGCCUGAGACUCCGUAUGUACGGUCAGAGUGUGUCAGACGUGGUCAGUCACGAUGUUUCUCAGAGCUGCAGCUACAGCCGCUGGGCCUCCAGAGAGGUCCUCUGUGACAGGAACUACAUGGAGGUGUCAAACUUCAUGACUAAACCUGACCCCCAAACUGAAGCUAAAGGGCCGACUCAGGAUGUUAAAGACGACUCAAAGAUCAACAACACUCCUGAUGCCUCUGGAGCAGCUCAGGGGAUCUGGAAGAUGACCUUUCACACCCCAGAACCGGUCCCGAUGGUGCUGAGGGAGGCGGAACAGGCCGGCUACGGCGCCAUGACGACCACCAGCCGGAUGGUGAUGAGGAGCCCGUACAACACAGCAGAGACGUACUCAGAGGAUGUGGCUGGAGUCCCGAUGGAAGUGUUGAGAGUGAGCGUCUACUACAAAGCUCCACACGGGCUCAGUCUGGUCAACCUGGCAGCUGCCUGUCCCACAGGUGGCGUCCUCUUCACUGAUGACCUGAUCUCUUGGCACGUCCCUCGCCGCAUCACUCCUCUGGUGGACGGCGGCGUUACAGUCCUGGAGAUGCACAUGGGCAUCAACGGGCAGCGGCUGGAGCGAUCUCGCAUGGCGGCGCGGGGCUACACGCUCUCCACCACAGACUUCCACAUCGUCAUUGAGAUCCCAGUUGGAUCACCUGACGGAUACUUCAAGAGCCAUGCUCCAGACUACCAGUACCACACCACCUACAUCGUGGAGCCCAUGCUGGAGGUCCUGUGGAGGGCCGACAACAGCCAGGAGGACACCAGAUACAAGGUUCUGUUCCCCAUCACCACCCCGCUGAUGCCUCAGACUCCCCACCUCCAAGACAAUACUGUCCCAGAGGACCGAGUGUUCAACGUCCACUUGGGGACGUUCCUUCAGGACGUGGAGCUGAGGAACAUCACGUUCUCCACCGGGGUUCUCACUGUUGACCAGGUUAAAGCCCGAGGGUUCCUCCUGCAGGAGCACCACCUCCCCAACGGGAACAAGAGCUUCUCUCUACAAGUGCCCUUCAGCGCAGAUGUUGUCCUCAAACAUAAUCCUGAACUCUUGGUUACGUCCUACUUCCUCCCUCUGACAUUCGGGUUCAUCAUCCUGCCUGAAGAAACUCCGUUCUCUCACCCAGUGGAGGUCGAGGCGUCUCUGCAGGAUGUUGUGCUCCCUACCAUCUCUGGCUCCUGUGACCAGAGCCAGUUCUACAUCAGCGUGAAAUACGGCAGUCAAGGCACCAACUUCCAGGGAAUGAUCGGAGCGCGAGAGAUGACUCCGCCCAUCGCUGAGCUCUACCACAUCCAGGAGAACGCCACGCACUUCAGCCUGGUGGUGCCGUACGCCGCCGAGGACGCCGCCUUCGAGCUGAUCACUGAAAAUUCGGUCCGAUCCAGAAUCGACAUGCUUCUGUUUGACCCCAACAACAACUGGGUGCUGGCUGACCUUUACCUGGCCUGCAGCUUCCCCUUGAUAAUCACCACGUGCCACUCCAACGGGACCAUCACCUCUCUGGCUGUGAAGGUGGAGUCUGUUCCCAACCUGGACCCCGGCCUGCUGACCCUCACUGACCCGUCCUGCAGGCCAGAGUUCAGCAACGAUCGCUUUGCAACUUUCACUUUCAGUGUUGACUCCUGUGGGACCACGAGGACAUUCUUUGACCACUACAUGCUGUAUGAGAAUGAGAUCAGCCUGUAUUACAACAAGCCUGAAGCAGCUGCCAGCGCUCCCAAAGGAGUCGCCCAGACAUCACCAAUCGAUCCAGAGUACAGGCAAACCAUCUCCUGCUACUACGUGGUCAAUGAGACUCGUUCUGUUGCAUUCAGCUCUAAACAAAGACGCAACGACCCGACGGCAGAGAUCGGCUCAGGGCGGCUGAUGACGCAGAUGAGGCUCGCACAAGAUGCAUCGUACGGUUUCUUCUACCAAGCAGAAGAUUACCCCGUGGUGGCCUAUCUGAGGCAGCCGCUGUACUUUGAGGCGGAGCUGAUGGAGUCUACUGACCCGAACCUGGAGCUCAUCCUGGAGAACUGCUGGGCCACGCUUUAUGAGGACCGCACCUCUCUGCCCAGCUGGGACAUCAUUGUGGACACCUGUGAGAAUCCUGAUGACGGCUACAUGACCGUUUUCCAUCCUGUUUCGAGUGACGCCAGGGUUUUAGUCCCGUCCCACUUCAAACGAUUCUCUAUAAAAAUGUUCACCUUCACUAAAGAUGAAGAGGUUCUUCGUAACGGGAUUUAUGUCCACUGUGACGCAGUGAUUUGUGACACAAACAGCCAAGCUGAUGCUUCCUGCAGAGGGCAGUGUGUGCAUGUUGAAGGCCUGGGGAACUCAAGACAUCAAGCCAUUAAAGGAGGACUAAAAAGGGAGCGACGAAGUACCGACUCAACCAACCAAAGGCAACUCUCCUCUGGACCGAUUCUAUAUAACACUUGGUCAAAACUCUAAAUAAACGACAAAUGUUCUUAA